AUGCCCGAUUCUGGAUCUGGUGAAACUGGUUCUAAGGUUUCGGACCCACAACAUUCACAGAAACUACUCAGGGUCCUGCGCACCUUCUGGCAAGAGCAAAGCUUCCAUGAUGCACUGCUGGUGGUGGAUGGAGAGGAGCUUCCUGUGCAGAAAAACAUCCUGGCUGCAGCCAGCCCUUACAUCAGGACCAAGCUAAACUACAAUCCUCCAAAGGAAGAUGGGUCUAUGUACAGGAUUGAGCUGCAGGGGGUCAACAUGCCCAUCAUGAAACAGAUCCUGGACUACAUCUUCAGUGGUGAAAUCACUUUGAAUGAAGACACCAUCCAGGACAUGGUGCAGGCGUCUGACCUGCUCCUCAUGAUUGACCUCAAGUCCCUGUGCUGCCAGUUCCUGGAAAGCUGCAUCACAGCAGAGAACUGCAUCGGCAUCCGUCUCUUCUCUCUUCACUACUGCCUUUACCAUGUCCACUAUACUGCAACUGAGUUCCUGCAGACACAUUUCCGCGAUGUGGCGCUCACAGAGGAGUUCAGGGAGAUGCCUCCGGACCGGCUGUGCGAGGUGCUGGCCAUGGAGAAGCUGAACGUGGGCAAUGAAAAGCACGUGCUGGAGGCUGUGGUGCGGUGGUUUGCACAUGACCCAGAAGACCGCAGGGUGCACAUGAAGGAGGUGAUGUCUGCGGUGUGGCUGCAGGGUCUGGACGUGAGCUACCUGAGAGAGCAGGCUAUGGGGGAGCCGCUGAUGAGGGAGGUGAUUAGGGAGCACUGUCAACCGGUGCUGGGGGACAGUCAGCCGCAGGGCGAGGCCAUGCUCGCUGCUUUUAAACCUCGAGGUUACUCUGAGUGUAUUGUUAUUACCGGAGGAGAGGAUCGCAAAAGCAGGAAGCCAACUGCUGUGACACGCUGCAUGUGUCCGCUCUACGAUGCCAACAGACAGGCCUGGAUCGAGCUCCAGCCAAUGAGUGUUGCCCGCGUGGGACACGGGGUGGUGGCUGCAGAGGGUUUUCUGUUUGUGAUGGGCGGAACGGAUGAACACAACACAGUCCUGGACAGUGGAGAAAAAUAUGACCCGGACUCCAACAGCUGGAGCCCCAUACCCCCACUGCUACAGGCUCGUCAGAACUUUGGUGUGGUGGAGCUUGACGGUCUCAUCUACGUUCUCGGGGGAGAGAAUGAAGAAACGGAGCUGAUCACCGUUGAGGUGUUCGACCCUCACCUCAGUACCUGGAAGUUACAGACCAGCAUGACCAUGAUCCGCAAGGUCGGCUGCUACGCCUCCAUGAAUAAGAAGAUCUACGCCAUGGGCGGGGGCUCUUACGGGAAGCUCUUUGACUCUGUUGAAUGCUUCGACACCAAAACCCAGCAGUGGACGGGCCUCUGUCCUCUGAAAGAGAGAAGAUUCGGGUCGGUGGCGUGCGGCGUCGGCCAGGAGCUCUACGUGUUCGGCGGGGUGAGAAGCCAAGAGAACGACAACCCAGAGCAGCGACACAUGAUGACCUGCAAGUCCGAGUUCUACCACGAUGAGAUGAGGAGGUGGAUGUUCCUGGACGACCAGAACUUGUGUAUCCAGACCAGCUCCUCAUUUGUUUAUGGGGCAGUGGCGAUUGGAGCUAGCAUCUAUGUGGUAGGAGACUUGGACACGGGCACCAGCUUCGACUACAUCCGCGAGUUUCGGCGCAGCACUGGAGCCUGGCAUCGCACCAAGCCCAUGUUACCCACCGACCUCUCCAAAACCACCUGCGCCGCCCUGCGCAUCGCCAACUGUCGACUCUUCCGCCUUCAGCUUAACCAGGGCAUGUUCCGAAUCCGAGUCUGACCCGCUGCUGCUGCUCCCUAUGUCGGCUCCAUACUCCUUUCACUUUUUCCACACUCGUACUUUCUAUGCACUGUAGGUCUGGGAUCUGGGAAUUUCUCAAACACUUAAGUAUUGUAGUCGCUAGAUGUUUAAGGAUUGUGACUCUCCAUUUUAGGGUUUAACACUGCUGAAUCUAUGCUGUAUGACUUGAUGGGACAGGAAAUUCAUCUUAAACCCUUUUUUAAUAUUAUAGCUUUUAUGGCAAAUUUUCUAUUAACUAG